CAGUCUAGAGCUCUACUACUAAAAGUACUUUUACUCACUCCUCUACGGAACUACGGAUAGCUAGAGCACGAUUCGAUUCAGCCUGUUUGUUCACGCUGGACUGACCGGCCUUCCUCAUUGAAACAAUGGCAGUACGUAGUGAGGUAAGGUACCUUUUAGUAGCCCAGCCCUUCAAACCCCUGGCGGCCUCUCUCUCGGGGCUGCCAAGCCCAGUCCUCGGUAACCUUGCAACAUUCAGUCUCUUGACUUCAUGUCCAUCGUUGGCCGGCCCCAUCCCAUCAUGGACAUGGCCGAGGCACGAAAGCCUCGCCUGGUUUGUCUGUGCCAUCCUGAUGCUACGUACUUGCGUCAUUGGGUCUCUUGUACGGAGUAUACGUACAGCUGUCCAGAGACACGAAGCAUGGGUGCACCAAGUGUCGAUAAACGCAGCAGAUACUGCUCACAGACAAAAAGCCAAGUCCAACGAGACGCAGUCAUCCUCCCCACUGACCUCACACGACAUCCCUUCUCCAACAAAUAUAGGCUCGCCCCCGCCCUCCUCCCAUACUAAUAAUACCAACGCCAAGAUCCCGGGGCAAGGCACCAGACAUGUUGUAGAUUGCGGAACACGGUCAUCGAGUACGACGUCAUACGUCGAUGGGCUUUUGAUUGUCACCUGUCGAUGAGGCACGUCUCAUGCGGCAACGUACGCACAUACAUAUUAAUACAGAGUAUGGUUGAAGUGUUGCGCAAGCCAAGCGAGGGGCACCAACACCAACAAGAGUUGGCAUUCUCGCUCUGAGUAUCGUAAUACUCGCUCCGCAAAGGGGAGCAGACUGGAACCUAGCUACAU